UUAAUAUAGCUUAUCGGAAAAUUUUUUUUGGAUCAGUCACUUUAUCGCAAUACAGUUUACAAGAAUAAUUUAGUUUACUCGGCUAUUAUUCCGCGUGAAAAAUUAAAAUAGCUUGUAUUUAUAUAUAAGGUCAUAUUUUUGUAGCUACAUAUGUAUAUAUGUCACAUCAGUGUUCACAAUUCACACUCACAAUUAUUAAUUGUUUUUAAUAUUAUAUUUGUAUAUAUUAAAAUAAAAACAGUCGAAGUACCUAUAACCUAAAAAUUAUAAUAGAAAUUUACGAAAGACAUUUUAAUUUAUUAAAAAAAAGAUGGAUCCAAAAAUAAGUGACGACUCUGUUUACAACAAGGAUGGUGAAACUUCUAUUAUUUCAAAUUUAUUGAGUGAAAUUUUAUCCAGUCCCAUGAAUAUAACUCUUCUAGCGAUCAUAUGUUUUUUGGUAUAUAAAAUUGUUCGGGAUCGCACUGAAGUGCCAAGCGCUAUUUUACCAAAAACUAAUGAACUGCAAUUGCCCAAACUACGACGUGAUUUUACUAUAAAAGAGUUGCGUCAAUUUGAUGGAAAUCAACCGGAUGGUCGUGUAUUAAUGGCGGUUAACGGCAAUGUAUACGACGUCAGUAAAGGAAAACGGUUUUAUGGUCCAGGUGGGCCCUACGCCACAUUCGCAGGAAGAGAUGCUUCACGAAACUUAGCUACAUUUAGUGUAGUUUCAAAUGAUAAAGACGAUUAUGACGAUUUAAGCGAUUUAAGUGCUGUGGAAAUGGAUUCAGUGCGGGAAUGGGAAAUGCAAUUUAAAGAAAAAUACGAACUGGUUGGUAAAUUGUUGCGUAAAGGCGAACACCCAACAAUUUAUGACGAAGAUGACGACGAUGAAAAUAUUAACAAUGAUGAAAAUUCUGGUACACAAAAUUGGGUAAACGAGGAAAAUGAUGGCUUGCGAAAUCGUCAAUCUGAAAGAUUCAAAUUAAAACUAAGCAAAGACAACAAAAUCAACAAUUUCACUGGUGAUACAUCUAUAAAAAGCACACAGGAAGAAAAAACCUCUACCAAUUGUUAGCAUUACUAAAAUUUAUUUUUAAAAAUUCUACAUGCUGUUAUCUAAAAAUAAAUGACAUUCAGCAUUUAUGACACUCAAAAACCCAUUUGAGAUAAUACAAUAUUUUAUAAACUAACAGCUAGUUAAGAAUAAAUUUGAAACCUCUAUCCAAAUUGAAAAUUUUGUAAAUCAAUUUAAACAGGUACACCAAAUAAUGAAGUUUUUUUCAAAGAUGUUAGAAAGUUAGUUUUUAACAUAUUUCACGUUAUGUGAUUGAUUCUAUGUAUAAAUUAUUAGAAUAUUUUGAUAUAUAUUUUAUUUAAAAAAUCAAUAAUAAAACCAACGUAUAAUGGUAUGGGAAAUGUGCUUGUGAAAAAUGUUGUGUAUAACUUUAAUAAAACGUGAAACUCA